AGUUUUGACCAGCAGGCGGUGUUUCGAGCGCUUCGAAACCGUAAAUCGUUUUGCGAAGCAAUUGGUUUAUUUGAUUUAGUUUCGAAAAGCUUAGGUUUCUCCCAUCACUAGAGUUUAGGAUAUUUAAAAAUACCAUACAUUUACCCUUUCACAACAAUUGCAGGCACGCGUUGUUAUGCUCCGACGACAUUUCCCGUCUAACCCGGAAACGCUUCAAACUCCACAGAAGUCUCCAGUUAGCUUAUCCUGGUUUAGCCUUAUCGCUUUAUUUUGUUAAUCAAAUAAAGGAAUAAAAUAUUAAGUUAUAUUUGAAUUUGAUCAGAGUCAGAGCGCAAAGAUACUCAUUCUAAAGUGUUUUCUCAGUGUUAAACAGCUGAUCAGGAGAUCAUGGAGAAAGAUGUGAAGACAGGCAUCCCCUCUGGCGUGGCUGCAGAAGCGGCGGCUGGACCUCUGGUGUCACAGAGCCGAUCCGAGGACGAGGAGUCCACUGCUGUAAAGAGGACAGCCGCUCAGGCCUUCAGCGGAGCCGGGAUGAUUCCCAAACGCAGAAGCUCCUCCAGAUCAAUAAAGAGAAAGAAGUUUGAUGAUGAACUGGUUGAGAGCAGCCUUGCGAAAUCUACCAGUCGGGUCAAAGGUCAGCCAGUCAUCGAGCCAAUCAGAUGCCCUGGGAAUGACCUUGCAUCCAGUGACAAGAAGAAGGGUUUAAAGUCUGGCAGCUCUCUUACACCUCCUCUUAGCAUGCUGAUGGCGCCUUCAUCGAUGACCAAACGAAUGAAGAGAAACAAGCAGCCGUUACAGAUCACCAAAGACCUGGGCCGCUGGAAACCCACUGAUGACCUGCUGCUCAUCAAUGCCGUUUUACAGACCACAGAUCUUACAUCCGUUCACCUGGGAGUGAAAUUCAGCUGUCGCUUCACGCUGCGGGAGAUUCAGGAGCGCUGGUACGCUCUGCUGUAUGACCCUGUCAUAUCAAAGUUUUACUCAUCCGAUGUGUUUCUAGUGCAACCUCUGCCUAAAGGAGAGCAAGUGCUGAACUUCUCUGAUGCAGAGCAGGUGGUUGAUGAUGCCAAACUCAAGGACAGCAGAGAUGAAGUCUUAGAGCACGAGCUGAUGAUUGCAGAUAGACAUCAGAAGCGUGAGAUCAGACAGCUGGAGCAGGAGCUUCCUCGCUGGCAGGUGUUAGUGGACAGCAUCACAGGCAUGAAUUCACCAGACUUUGAUAAUCAGACUCUGGCAGCUUUACGUGGACGAAUGGUCCGAUAUCUGAUGAGAUCUAGAGAGAUCACACUAGGACGUGCUACUAAAGACAAGCAGAUAGAUGUAGAUCUGUCUUUGGAGGGACCUGCAUGGAAGAUCUCCAGAAAGCAAGGGAUCAUUAAACUGAAAAAUAAUGGAGAUUUCUUCAUCGCUAAUGAAGGCCGAAGACCCAUUUACAUUGAUGGUCGACCAGUUUUGUCUGGAAACAAGUGGAAACUCAACAACAACUCUGUGAUGGAGAUUGCAGGUCUUCGCUUUGUGUUCCUGAUCAAUCAAGAGUUGAUUUCUCUCAUUAAAGCCGAAGCUGCCAAGAUGAACCAGCAGUGAUGCUGAAGUCACCAGUUCACGAGCUGUCAAACACCAUUCAGAGCUGUACUGUCCUGUCUAUACCUCUGAGUAGAGUCAUAUACAGGAGAACUUUCAGCUCAAGAUUAUAGUGGCUCUCAUAGCAACAACUGAGCCGGGAUCUGGAGGAAAAAAUCAUUUGGAGAGGAAUUGGAGAUUUAUAUUCCUGUUAUUUAAGGCACAUUUGGACAGAAAGAACUGAAUGUUUGAGAGUGUCUGUGUGUGUGUGAUUUGUAGAUUUGCUUUUCUUUUUUUUUUGUAUACUGUUACUGUUUUGUUGACUUGUAGAUUUUUUGUUUGUUUAUACUUAAAACACAGUAACCUUGUAUUGUCUCAUCAAAGACGGUUUGCUAAUAUUCUGCCAUGACAGAAAUAGUGUAAAUAUAUUCAUAAAGACUGAUUAAAACUGAAAGGUGUUUCAAUGAUGUAUCUGUGUAUUGUAAUGCAGUGUGUGGUGUUGUAUGUUUGUCAUUGACUUUAGCAACCACUAAAGAUUUUAGAGUCAGAGUGGCAAACUUUGCAUGCAUCACUUUGGCCCUUGACAUGAACUAAUGUUGCAAACCCAGAGUGGAUACAAGUAACUGACAAUGCAUAAAAAUACAUUUAAAGUAAAGCUUCAGAUCUAAUUAUAAUGCACAAUUACUAACGACACUACAGUUCA